AUUUAGUCUGAUGACUGGUAAGAGAAUACAGUUGCAAUAAUCAUCUGACGCCCACAGAAGAAUUUUUCAUUCGUAGUUGAUAAAGAUAUUUUCAUACAUAUAAUUACAUUUACCUACAGGCAGGACUGGAUUCAACACGUUUGAAACUUUCUCUUGAACCUGAGGCAGCCUCGAUUUGGUGUCAAAUGGUAUCAACUGAUCUUAAAAAGUCUGUGUCUGAUGUCGGAUGCCAGUACAUGGUCGUAGACUUAGGAGGAGGAACAGCGGACAUAUCAGUUCAUGAAAAGAAAGCAGAUGGCUCUCUUAAAGAAAUUCACAAAGCAAGCGGUGGUCCUUGGGGUGGUACUGCUGUCGACAAGAACUAUUUUGACUGGCUGACAACUCUUUUUGGAGAAGGCACAAUGAAGAGGUUUAAAAAAGAACAAAUGGCUGACUACUUCGAUGUCCAGAGAGAAUUUGAAAUAAAGAAACGGAACAUAACAACGAAUUCUGAGGGGAAAAUCACAUUCAGGGUGUCUGCUUCACUCAGAGAAAUAUAUCAAGAGGUCGAAAAUUCAGACUUAAAAAGGAAAGUCAGAUAUAUGGGAUUAGCUGACAAAGUUACAUUCACUAGCGAUAAACUGCGACUCGACGUAUCGAUUGUUCGAGGUUGGUUUAAGGUCCCAAUAAAAGAAAUAGUUGCCCAUGUAAAACACCUCCUUGUCGAAAGAAAAAUGAAGUAUGUGCAGAGAAUAUUACUCGUUGGUGGGUUUGGGGAAUGCCAGCUUGUUCACGAGGAAUUGAAAAGAAAUAUACCGAACAAAACUAUUAUAAUACCCAAUGAGGCCGGUCUUGCUGUACUGAAAGGAGCGGUUCGGUUUGGACACAUGCCUAAUGUAGUGUCGUCCAGAGUGAUGAAGUAUACAUAUGGCGUUUCAGUAGUGAGAGUAAAUGAUAAAGAAUCACUUCCUAAUUCUGAUAACGAGGAUAAUUAUUCAUUAACAAACAAUUGCUCAGAGAGUGACGAAGAAAAAUUAUCCUUCGGCGCCUUUUUACCCGAUGAUCUCGAAGCAUUAUACGGCUCGGGGUCAGAUGAAGAAUACAACGAAUUACAUUAUGGUAAGCACUUUGGCAGUAGUCAGCGCUGUCUCGAUAGCCAGUCGAAUACGGAUGAGGAGUCAGAUACAGAUGAAAAUGUUACUAAAGACGUAUUUGACAAAUUUGUCGAAGUAGGUGAUGAAAUUCCUGUUGGUCACGAAGUUCGGAGAGUUUAUACUCCAAUGAAUCCACGAAUUGGUGAGUUACCCGUUUAUUGUACCAGCGAUCCGCAUCCACAAUUUGUUACUGACCCAGGUUGCGAACAGCUUGGCAUUCUUUCAAUAGAAUUCCCAGACGGUAAAACCUGUGAAGACAACAAAAGCAUGGUUACAUUGGUAUUUGGUGAUACAGAGCUUGUUGUGAAAGCGAAAAUCUUACGCACGGGGCUUGAAUUUUUGACAAAAAUUGACUGUCUUAAGUAAAGUUACUGGCUGCCUAUGACAAACGAAAAUGAAACAAAAAAACGCCAAGCAUAGACCUUUUUUCAAACCGUGUAUAUCAUAUCUAUAUUCCAUUGCUCAAUUUAGAUACUUUUGCUACCAUGUAAAUUUGUUUUUAAGUUUAUUUUGUAUAUACAUUUAUGAAUCCAUUGUGAUGACGAAAAGCUGCAUGCAUGUUCACGUUUAAUGUAUCAUUUAAAAAUUGGUAAUUAUAUGUGUCAGCAACCUUCAUUUGUUCCAUCUAUAAGCGUAUACGUUAGGUAUAAAUGUAAAGACAAUGAAACGAAGUUUCAUACUUCAAUACAUAUAAUUUAUGUAAAUACAAUGCAAUGAAGUUCAUUCCGGUUCCGAAAUAUGCAUGCAUGUACAUUGUAUUAAAGGGGCUCCACUGAGGUUUAAAAGCCUAAAAACAUAACAUUUGAAUUUCUUACAUAAAAUGAGCUGGGGCACUUUAAGCAGAAAUAUAUAUAAAGAUCGAUAAAAAUUAAAAAUUGAAAUCGUAUUUUUAUGCUUUUCUUUGCCCGAUUUGAGUGAAAAGCGUUUAAACACUUUUCAUUUUGAGUCAUUUUUUUAUUUACAAUUUGAAUAGUUAUUCUGAAAAAAACAAAGUGCGCGAAUGAUCUGAAAUUCUGCACAAUAAUUAGUGGUCUAAACCUUCAUCAAACGGUACAUUUAUCCGGACAAAUAUUUUCAAACCCAUCAUGUCAAAAAACCUCGUUGGAGUCCCUUUAAUGGUAGACAGCGGCGCCAUUGAAAUAUGUAUUAUAUUCAUGUAGUAGAUGAUUUAGUGUUUUAGAAGGAAAAAAUAUUAUUCAUCAGAUAAAUGAUCAUUAUCAUUCUAAAACAUUAGGAAAUUUAUCAUCAUUUUUUCAAGCAGCAUUUUAUAAGAAAAACUAAAUGAUACAUACUGUAAAAAGUUAUUUCAAGAAAUGGUAACAACUUUAUAUUUUUAGAUAUAUAGAUUAAACAUUCCCAGCGCCUGAUAUUCAAAUUUUAAAUUUACAUAUGAUGAAGCGAACGUUGUUUGUAUUAAAGCAGCACGCCUCCAUAUUCAUGGAUAUUUUCAUGAAAAUUUUGAAUUUAUAUUUAAAAAUAAAAUAUUGUGAAGCAGGGUCUUUCAAAUUGAAAGACCCUGUGUGAAGUGAACAAAGAAAAUAAUCUUUACAUUGCAAAAAACAUAAACAACCCAUGUAAGUUACCAAAAAAAGACAAAAUAUGCAAAAAAUGGCCCUUACUGCAUUAGUAACGCUGUAGAAAUAUAGGGAAAAUAUACUGCAAAAUCGGUCAUAAAUCGCUCAUAACAUUUAUUACUUUUAUCUUGAUGCUUUUCACUUUUCUUAAAAAAUCUUAGUACUUUUUACACAAGUUUUGUUUUCUUGAACUAUUUUAGCUCAUCUGGAGGCGUGCAAUGAUUUGUAUUAUUUGUAUUAUAUUUCAAAGAAGAACAAUAGUCGAUACAAAUCUAUAUCAAAUUCCGUUCAUAGUCGCUUUCUAUUUUUCAUAGUGCUUCAUUCGUAAAAAUAGUGAUGACGUCAAAAAGUGAGUAUUUAAUGAACCUAUAAAGCUUUAUACUACGUAUGUUAUGUUAUGCACAUAUAGCUGUUCUGCAGAAAUUAGAAACAUUCUCCUGUCGCUGUCGCUCCCGUUGAAGAUUCGAAUUUCUAUAAACAACAGCACGGUUGAACAAAAACAUAAACUUGAUAUUUUAUCACCUAUAUAUUUUAAUCACCUAUAGAAUUACAACUCUUAUCAUUUCACAGUCACUAAAACAAGUAUACUUUGAAUAGUAUAACAUAUGUGGUAGUCGUGUGUAUUCUUGUUCAACAUUUGCUAUAAAUUAUGUUUAAUCUUUGUACAGUUAUAUUUUAGAUGUUCAGUCUUUUUCAAUUCUGAUAGAAUGAUUAUAUACAUGUAUUUAUAUAAUGUUGGAUAUGGAUGAGGCUGGAAUAAAUUGGUUAAUUAAUUUAAUUAAACAUUUUGGAUCAUUAUCUUUUGUGAAAGUUUUCUUAUAAUUCAAGAAUAAUUAAUUAUCUGCAUUAGUCUUAAAUUGAAUAUGAUGUACGUCAAGGUAAAAAAGUAUAAAAAAAACAAUAAGUUUGCUUAAAGUAAAUAUUUCAUAUUGUGACAAUGUUCAGUUUUUCAUUGUUAGGUUGAACUGCAUAUUUCAUUUUAAAAGAUAAUGCUAAAAGAUCAGUGAUAAGGAUACUCAAGGAUAAUCAAGGACCCCAUUGGAAAUAAGCCUUCGGGCUUUCAUGGGCAAUCCGAGGUUAUUGCACACUACUCUAUACAUGUUUCCACUUACGUCCUUACAUUUUAUUAAACUAGUAAAUUGAUAUCUAGUCAUAGGAAAGAAAGAGUUUUAGAUUUUGUUUUUAGUUAUAAUAUUUUAUUAUUUAAUGAGCCGUCUGUGAUAUUUAUGUCUGACAAACUUCCGAAAUAUUUUAUUACAAUUGUGUCAUCAGUUUUAUAUAAAAUGCUAAAGUGUUUGUUUUAUGUAUACAUGUAUGUGUGUUUUAACCUGAAUAAAUAUCUAUCUAUCUAUCUACUAUAUAGAAACUGUCUAAAAUAAAACAAAACGUGUGACUCUCUUUUUAUCAACUGCAGGUUACCCAUAAAUCAGGAAGAAUAUUUAUAGAACGUUCUGUAUGUCACGUUAGUAAUUGAAUCAGAUCAUUUUUUGUAACGUAAAAUACAAUAUUAAAAACAAUUAUGAAAACUUGGACGACUCCCGCCUAGCCGCCUGCACGCCAGGGGCGGGGAACCAUAAUACGACCCGUUUUUCAAACAGGCGUAUUUAUAAAAAAAAAAAAGUUAUUUUGCUAUUUACCCUGCAAUUAAUAUGCAUAAUGUCACUUUAAUUGAAAGACUCGUGUAUCUUCCUUUAAUGUAUUGUAACACAUUUUUAACAGCAAUUGUUAGUUUACUAAUUGUGGGGAUAUACCCAAACAAUGUAUAAUAUUUCGUUCAUUAUGUUUGGAUUUUGUUUUUAAGUAUUCAUGAAAAAUUACUUUUUAUAUGUUUACCACAAAUCUUACAUACAAGGGGAAUGACACGACACCUAAGCGUUUUGAACCACCUUUAACAUCCUUGUCAUAGUUGACAAAGGUAUACAAUUUCCUUCCUGUAUUCUAUAAAAGUUAAUUGUUUUAGCAAACGUAAGGUCCAGGCUUCAGGCUUCCUGGUUUCAUAACAUUCGCUCAAUAAAGUUAUACAUGUAGUAAAGGGAUUACUCAGACACAGUGAGUUUCAGGCACAACAAUGGAGGAUUUUAAAUACGUUACUCUGCUAUGUCUAAUCAGUCAGGUUUAAUUUGGUACAAUGGAAACCUGGUUAGCAAACACUGAUGACAAAAUGACACCAGGAACAAUGUUUAUACAUCGAAAUUCAAACUGGAAGGAAUGUUCAGACAACAUUAAAUGUGCAUCACAGUGUAUUCAGAAUUAUAUGCAAAUGUAUUUAAAGAAAUACCGCUGUGAACUCACGUGCGAGGGGGUGUCACGUGAUUAUUACGGCGGUCCAAACGGUUGUAACAACCCGAGAACAAUAGAAUCCUGGUAUGAUCUGCAAGAAGUGCCUGGGUGUAAAGGCGUCAAAUAAUUGACAAUGAAUUUAUCAAUGGAUGAACAAGAAUUUAUUGACUAAAAAUAUUUAAUCCAACCGACUCUGAACUUGUUAAUGGAUUUUCCCUGCUUAAGAAUUUCGAUUUCACAAUACAAGACCUGAGCUUCAUAUAGAAUAGAAUAUUUGCCCACACUGAUGAGGAAGGUUUAAUCACAUUGGUUCUAGUAAACGAAAUGUUGAAUAAAACUCACUCGGUAAUAGGUUUUCUUUAUACUCACAUCAUUAGAGAAUAAUUAUUACGUUGAGCUAUAUUUAAUAUGAACGUAAUUGAAUUUAAUGUACUAUGUUUGAAA